CCCAGAUGGGAGUUGGAGAGGGAAAAUCCAUAGGUCAGUGGUACGGACCAAACACAGUCGCACAAGUGCUCAAAAAACUCGCAACUUUUGAUACAUGGAGUUCCCUGGCAGUACAUAUAGCCAUGGAUAACACAGUAGUGAUGGAAGAAAUCCGGCGGUUGUGCCAGUCCAACUUCCCGUGUGCUGGAGCUGCAGCAUGUCCUGCUGUGGAGUCAGACGUGCUCUAUAAUGGGUGCCCAGAGGAAGCGGGGGUUAGAGAUAGGCUCUCACUGUGGAAACCAUUGGUGCUGCUGAUACCUCUCCGCCUUGGGCUCACGGAGAUCAAUGAAGCCUAUAUUGAAACACUAAAGCACUGCUUCAUGAUGCCCCAGUCCCUGGGAGUGAUCGGAGGGAAACCAAACAGUGCUCACUACUUCAUUGGCUAUGUAGGUGAGGAACUCAUUUACCUGGAUCCCCACACCACGCAGCCUGCAGUGGAGCCCAACGAGAGUGGCUGUCUCCCCGAUGAAAGCUUCCACUGCCAGCACCCUCCCUGCAGAAUGAGCAUUGCCGAGCUCGACCCCUCCAUUGCGGUGGGCUUUUUCUGCAACACAGAGGAAGACUUCAACGAUUGGUGCCAGCAAAUCAAAAAGCUGUCCCUGGUAAGAGGAGCGCUGCCGAUGUUCGAACUGGUCGAACGCCAGCCGUCGCAUUUCUCCAACCCCGACGUCCUGAAUCUCACACCAGACUCCUCUGAUGCUGACAGAUUGGAAAGGUUCUUCGACUCGGAAGAUGAAGACUUCGAAAUCCUAUCCCUUUGAAAACAAAUAGGAAACUGACUCUGCAAAUUUGUGUUAUGUAUGGGGAGAAGGGGGGGGAGGGAAGCUCCUUCGAGAGCCUGGGGCUACCGGUUUUCAUAGGCGCUUGCUGCCAUCCCCGCCUCUUGUCCAUCCUGGCAUUCUGUGCAGCCUCCGAGCCGAGCGCGCGUUGUCUGCGUUGGGAUGAAGAACCGAGUGGGUGUUACAGCCUUACUGGCUGGUGUCGGAAUUUCUCAGCGGAAAACAGUUGCUGGAAGUGGAUGCAGUGGUGCUUAGGAGUUCAAAGCCUAUCUGUUACAUCAGCAGGUCUUCUGGGGGAGGCAUAGAAAUCGUGGAAGCUCUAAAUCCUUGCGUGGGGGCUGAAGCUUAAAUAGAGCCACCCGUCACUUAGCGGGUGAAAUGUACAGUUAAUUCCUUUAGCAGCUUCUCUGCU